GCAGCGUCCAGACUCUGUCAGCAUCAGGGAGCAGUAGAAGAAGAAGCCAGUCGCUGAGCUCGGACUCUGAUCUCAGUUCUCACCGUGAAACCGAGACUCGUCCAGUCAGUUCAGAUAAAGAAGUGACGCUCCCAUCUGCGAUGUUUAACCCGCCAGUCGGUUCCUCCACAGCCACAGACACGCCGGAGCUGCAAUGAAAGCAGGGGCCUCGUCCUUGUGGGCUUCAUGCUGUGGUCUGCUGAAUGAAGUCAUGGGUACAGGGGCCGUCCGAGGCCAGCAGCCGGGGUUCGGGGCCGGUGCUGGACCCUUCAGAUUUGCACCCAGUGCGGGAUACUCCACAUACCCGCCCACCAGCUCAGGGAGUCCCAAUCCUGUAUGCAAGGCCUGUGGCCAGGCCUUCUCGGUCUUCAGGAGGAAGUAUAUUUGCUGCGACUGCAAGAGGAGCUUCUGCUCGCUGUGCUCCGUGCUUCAGGAGAAUCUGCGCAUUUGUGCCACAUGCCAUUUGCUGAAAGCCACAGCCUUUCAGCGCCCUCGGCUCAUGCGUCUACGAGUAAAAGACCUGCGGCAGUACUUGCUGCUCCGCAACAUCCCCAUCGAUACCUGCAGGGAAAAGGAUGACUUGGUGGACUUGGUGCUCUGUCAUCAAGGCAUUGAGGAGGAGGAGGACCCUGACACGGGCAGCUUGCACUCACGUUCCCUGUAUACCCCUUCUACCACACAAUCUGCCUCUGAGCUGUCCGCUUUUGUCACCUCUCAGGAGGAACCGCUCAGCAGGAGUGAUAGCUCUGACACCAACCAGGAUAUAGGUGACGCAACGUCUGUGUCUCUCCUCAACGUGGAUCCCAGUGAACACACCCCUGAGGUGAGUCCUCAGACGCGGCGUCGGGCCAGAGCGUCGCUCUCGGACAUUUCCAGCUUGAGGGACAUAGAGGGCCUGUCCGUCAGGCAGCUGAAGGAGAUCCUGGCCAGGAACUUUGUCAACUAUUCAGGGUGCUGUGAGAAGUGGGAGCUGGUGGAGCGCGUCAGCAGACUUUACAGAGAGACGGAGAAGAACAGGAAAUCAUUGGAAAAAGACAGCAGUACUGUAACCACAGUGGUGGCCUUCCCCCCUCCCAUCUGCAACGGUGCCAUCGGAGACGGCGUGAAGGGUCCACUGACGACCCAGGACGACAACCUCUGCAGGAUCUGCAUGGACGCAUCAAUCGACUGUGUUCUUCUGGAGUGCGGUCACAUGGUCACCUGCACCAAGUGCGGCAAGAGGAUGAGCGAGUGCCCGAUCUGCAGGCAGUACGUUGUGAGGGCCGUGCACGUCUUCAAGUCCUAAUGCACUGCAGCGCCGCAGCACGUGCUUCAGAGUUGCAGCUCCGACUGAGACUGUACCUUAACUCAGCCAUGCAGCUCACAACCUUUGAAUCCCCAAAAGACUCAUUUUUGUGGAUGUCUCAUGUUUGUAUUGACAUUAUUUGCACAUUAAGAGAAAUGUGUUUUUAUUAAGAAUUUGACUCUUUGCUUUCACCAGUGGGCAGAGCGUAGGCUCAUACCCUCUUGUGACUCAUUCCUCAAGUAAACAUAUCUAUAAUCUGUGCUCAUUCCUAAGUGUCAGUUUUGCUUUUCUUACAAUUUUUCAACACAAAGAAUGUGAGGCACUCGGCAACAUGCAGCCUCGUUUUAACACAACUCAUCACCCUCAGAUCAGCCCAUGAACUGUAGCUGGCCCUCAACUCUGAGUGUUCUUUAGAGCACUUCUCUUUUACAGCUGCUGCAAGGGAAUACAUAUCUUAGUAACACUGAGGACAGACACACACUGAACCUGAGCACAGGAGAGUUAGUUGCCAAAUAAUGGGUCACACCCAACGCUCACCCAUUGUCUUUUCCCUCGUCGACUGUGUGGGCCAGUGUGUGACUGUUGGUUGUUUGAACAGAAAGCACUUUGUUCACUCUCUGUGUGUGUGUGUUGAUGCACCACUGCUCACAAACUGCAAACCAGGAGCAGAGGCUGAGGUAGCGCGUGUUUUUAUUCAAGUCAGUGUGAAAAGAGAAGUAGAAAUCAUUGAGCUUGUGUUUGCUUUUCAAGUUAAACUCUUUCCCAGCCCACAAAUGAGCAGGUGAGGAUUCCGAUGACUGCUGAUGAUGAAGACUUAUGAUGAACUUGACAUUACAUUUCUUUUAUUAUCUUCACUGAUUUGCUUUUAAAAAGAUGUUAUUGUGAUGCAUGACAUGUUGAAAUGAUCAUGCAAACUCUUGCCAUUACAGCAAUACAGUAGUUAACCUCCUCUGCCGUCACCUCUGUCCUGUCUCUGCACUUACAUGGAGACAGGACACAACAACCGGUGCUAACUCAUCCCUUCAUCCUUUACCAUUUUCCAGCUGAACUGUGGAUGUGAAACUGAAUGUUCUUUUUGUCGUCGUGUUUUGUCGGGAGUGGAAUGAAGUGUCUUAAUGCUUUUCAGUUGAUUCUCUCUCAUGUAGGAGUAAUAUAUUGAACUAACUAUUCAAAGAUAUAGCGCGAGUUAACGGACACCUGUGGUAUAGAAAGUAUAUAGAAAUAAUGCUAAUGUACAUUUGCAUAUAUUGACUCAUGAGAUGUGUAUAUAUAUCUAUAUUUUUUUCCAUUUGAUUUCAAAUUGAGUAAUCGGAGAUUGUGGGAUUGGGUUAGUUUAUUAUUACAGAGUUAUGUUUAAUCUGCAUAGGUUUGCUUGAACUCUCUGUCCCUCUUGAACCAGAGCAUGACAAGAACCCAAACCCCUUCGACGCUGGUUAUGUUAUAUUCCACCAUCUUCUCCAGCUGCAGAGCUCUAUUUCCUGGUUUUACAUUCCCCUGCUCAUUUUAGCCGUAUCCGUCUCUCUACUGUACCCACACAAAUUCAACGUUGCUGCUAUUACAGUAAAGAUGUCCCCCUACAAUCAUGAAGAGGAGCAGGUUGCACUUUUAGUUUAGUGAGGGUAUAUGUGUGCAAGGUUUGUCUUUGUAUUUGGGAAUGUCAAACUUUUUAUUUUGGUAAUUAAAGAUUUAAAUAAAAA